GUUUUGCUCUUAGGUGAUGCUGAGGACAGCAUCUCCUUUGACUCAGAGGGCAAUUUCAUCUUCAACCGAAGGCGAACGCAGGUCACCCAACGCAUGACCAGCGGGUCCGCAUUGGCCGUUAUGAUUAAUUUGACGGAGGAAGGCCCAGAUGCAUUCACCAUGUCACUCUUCCGGGAUGGCGAGCGGAUAACCAG